AUGGAGGUGAACCACCCAGCACCUCUCAGGCUCUUGGAACUUGCAGCCCACAGCCUGCUGAGCAAUGAGGCUUCAGUUCUACUGGUGUUGGAACAGCUCACAGUGAACCUUUUCCCGCCACUACUCACUGCUGCAUUUGCCAAGGGGCACAGAAAGGCUCUGAAGGCCUUGGUGCAGGCCUGGCCCUUCCCCUUUCUCCGUCUGGGCUCUCUGAUAGUGCAGUGGCCCAACCAAGACAGCCUGCAAGCUGUGGUGGAUGGGCUGGAGGCCUUUUCUGCCCACAGGGCUUGUCCCAGGAAGUCAGAACUGAGGAUGCUGGAUUUCACCCUGGACUCUGAGCAAGUCCACAGUAAAGGGGCUUCUGAAGCCUUGGCCAAGUUCCCAUUUUGGUUACCAUCAACAGUCAAGGCAGAGAUGCCCCAGGCCGCGGCCAGGCCCAAGCCAACAGAGAAUAUGAAAAAAGGACCAAAGCAGCCAUGGGAAGCAGUGGAAAUACACAUUGAUCUUUUCCUGAGAGGCCCCUUCAAGUUAGAUAAGUUCCUCUCCAGCCUCCUGACGAAAGUGGAACAGAGCCACGGGGCCCUGCAUCUCUGCUGUAGGAAGCUGCACAUUGAGGAGAUGCCCUUCCACAGUCUGCUGGGGAUCCUGAAGACACUCAAGCUGGAUUUCAUCCAGGAGCUGGAGGUGUUUGACUGGUUUGACUGGUUCUGGGCAUUGUCAGAUCCAAACCUAUCUGCAACACAGCUGGGAAGGAUCUUCAACCUGCGCAGCCUCAAACUCAUCUACUACAACUGGGCCUUCUCCUCACGGGGCGAGCGGCCCUCUAGCUACUUCCUCUCACAGCUCACCAGGCUGGGCCACCUCCAGAAGCUGCACCUGUCUUACUCCUACCUCUCGGGCAACCUACAUUAUGUACUCAGCUGUCUGUGGGUUCCACUGCAUUCCCUGGAGAUCUGCUACUGCAGGCUUCUCGACACUGACAUCACCUACUUGUCCCAGAGCCCUCAUACCACUUGCCUGAAGAAGCUGGAUCUGAGUGGCAACAACCUGUCCUACAUGAUCCCUAGGCCCUUGGGGACCCUGCUGAGGGAGGUCUCAGGGACACUGCAGCACUUAGACCUGAACCACUGCCGGCUGAAGGAUGCCCACCUCAGUGCCCUCCUGCCCGCCCUGUGCCGCUGCUCCCACCUCAGUUCCCUGAGCCUCUCCGACAACCCCAUCUCCAGUGCCUGCCUCCUGAGCCUGCUGGAGCACACAACAGGGCUGAUGGAGCUGAAGCAGGUACUCUAUCCCAUCCCAGUCGACUGCUGCAUGUACCUGCAUGGCCUCUCCUGGGGUCCCGUGAACAAGGACAAGCUGUGCCAGUUGCAGGCUGAGAUACAGAAGCAGCUGCAGGCCAUGCAGCGGGCUGACAUGCAGUGGAGCCCCGCUGCCCUUGCUUAUGCAGCUGGUGCAGUUUGAAUGAAGAGCAGGAGCCAGGCUCAGGGAACAGAAGUCAGAGAGGGCAGCUGGAAUCACAGCUGGGGCCACAUGUUGUUUGCAAGGAACAUAAAAUAAACUUCCAUGGAAACU